UGGUGAUAUAACAGAAUCAUAGGUUUGCAAGACUUCUUUAAGGUGAAAAGAUCCAAAUGAAAAUUUGUUUCCUAUAAAAAGCAUGCUUUUCUAGCUAGUGCUGACAGCUUAAUUUUGGCAGCUGAUUUAUAUGGCUUCGGUGUGAAUAGUAUGACCAUGUAUUUGUAUACUAAUGUUGUAUAUAUUAAAUUUCUGUUAAAAUGCAAUUUCACUUAAAAACGUAUCGACCUACACAUUCUUAAUUUAAAUGAACGUGUGCAUCCUAUUGGCCAUUAAAUCAGCAGAAAGUGUACACAUUACUUCAGAAAAAUAAUUUGUAACACAAAUUCCAGUUUUGACUUUUGUCCUUAAGAUGUGCAUAUUUAUCUAUAUAAUAAAGAUUAUCGAUAAACAUAAUUACCCUUGUUUUGCACCGAUCGGACAUAAAAACGGAAUAGAUAUAGUGUUUGGGCUCGUGCGUAUAUAAUAUCUCAGUUUCGCAUGCAUAUAGUUCAAUGCUGCGAGAAAGGUACCUUGAAUCAUUUUACCUUUAAAAUGUGUUAAUACAUUACAAUUGAUCAAUUAAUCUAAGGCUUUAAAAUACAUAUAUUACACAAAGAAUCUUUCACCUGGUGUUGAUAAAUAUAUUUAAACCAUGCUCUGCAUAAUAAACAUGCUAACGACCACGGAAUAGCCUACUCUCAAGCCAACCUGCUGGUCUUCAAUACACGCGGUUUCUUUCGCUAAUCUAGAUAACCUAGUAAACGGAAAGUUUACGGACAUUAGUUUAACGAUAUGAGUAAUAGUAUAUUGAUAUUCAAGUAAACGGUCUAAGCAAUAUUUGAAUAUCUAACAAACAAACGAUAACUGAAUGUUAAAAUAAAUAUCGCAAUAAGUAAGUAUUUACACGAAUCUUUGCGCGUACGCUGACUAGUUUACGUUUUCGAGAAACUUAUAUGGCUAAAGACGAUAUAAAAGUGUUGAAAGCGAUAACUAUCGCACGACUUAUGUAGUUAACGUAUGCAACUAUAUAGGAGCACAACCAUUAAUCAAAUUAUCAUUUAAAACAAUUCAAUACCUCUAAAUUGCCACAUAUAACGUAUAUAUUUAAAUCAUUUGUAUACUUCUUAAGUUCGUUUAUAUCCAAAUGUUUAUAUGUAUAUGUACACUGUUAUUUUUUUUAAUUGAACCUCGACCCGAUCCUUAUUCGAUCUAUUCCUCCUUACCUACCAGCUGUCAACCGUUGUCACUUUGCGCGCCACCGAGGUUCCUGCAUUGUCACCGUUAUAUUGCCUCUCGUUUCGACCUGAACUGCAUUUCGAUCUGAUAUCUGGCACCCGGGUGACAACAUGUCCGGCCUACUUCGUUUAUCACCUGGUUAUCUCCGCCAAAACCGUACAAGGUUGGAGAAAAUGGAAGACGAACAUGAAACGAUCAAAAGGACGGUUGAUUGUCUGUCGGGUACGCCGGCAUUACCUCGUGAAACAGGAACAAGGGACAAGGUACUUGUUGCCAGUUCGAAACUCAGUCAUGCUGUUAGAAGAGCUUGUGUUAAUUUUGAUACAUCGAGGCAUUCGAACAAGAGACGGGAUCAACACCUGGUCACAUUCUUGCAGAUUCCAGAGCACUUUCCCGCCUUGUCUAUCCGGAUAUCGCAAGUACUUGAUGAUAUUGGAGCUGGUAAAUGCACUGUAAUGAAGCGGAGAGUAACAUACUUGCGGAGGGAGCGCAUGGAUACGCUUAUUGAACAUCUAUAA